CUCGGUCAUCUGCGUUAGCGCGCGUGAGGUGGCUGUCGCUCACUGGGCGCUGUUGCGAAAUCUGUUAUGGUCGUUGCAGGCGUACGGAAAUGCUACACUCACCGUUAACUGGAUCCUCUCAACCCCCAUACCGACCACCAUCUGCAGCUUCUCUGGAUGGACCUGGUCAUCCGUAUGCAGAUCAGAAAGCAUUACAACCCAACAUCCCAGCAUUUCUCCAGCAUGUAUUACCCCUUCAGACGCUCCAAUCACGAGCGAGUUUGGGGAACAUUCCACAAUCACUAUCAAAUGGAUUCCACGGAUUCUCGCCAAGUCUUGUCGUGGGCAGCUUAGAUGGGACCAACAGUCUUUCGGGUUCUUCCUCACUAUCCUCGUCUUUAGUUUCAUUACAUUCCGCUCCUCGUGUUUGUUCUCUACCCAACGGGAACACAAGCACGCCUUGUCAGCUUCUUCCCUCUCCGUUAGGGCAGCAGUUGAACUCUACCUCGCGGUGCUCGUUGUGGUUAAAGCUUCGUGUGUGUCCUUCCUGGGCUCCGCAGGCACCCCCUAUCCUAUCGGACCCGACGUCCGACCAGCAAGUAGCUGUCACCACUACUUCACCCACUGUCCAUGGGACUUCGACUGGUGGGAUUUCUGCUGAUUCGAAAGACCCCUCCGCUGUCCGACCAAUUCAGUGUCCUCUAUAUUCUGAGACCUGCCCUUACGCACACCCUUCAUCCAAUGUUAGGAUUGAGGCUGGACAUGUUACCGUCUGCUACGACUUCAUCAAGAGAAAAAACUGCACGCACUCUUGCUGUAAGUAUUACCACCCACCACCUCAUCAAAUCGAGGCGAUUGUCAAGCGCGGUGACGAACAGAAGAAAAUACUCGAAAGCCAACAGCGCCUUUUUGAGGCAAAGUCGUCAACCGCCACUGCCAACUGUCUCACGAUGCAACCAACACAGCCUGUCACUGGUCCCGGUGGUCUGUCAUCCGGUUUUGUUUGGUCGUCAACCAGCCCAUUUCAACCGGCCAUCCCAGCAUCUGUCCUGGGUUCAUACUUGACACCCGGGGGUCCAGCUCUACCAACAGCACUGAAUCCAAUGGCUGCACUCGGCACCCCAUUUGUUUCUGUGUCCGAUCCCAAUUCAAUAAAUACAUCGGCACUUUUAGCAGCCGCCGCUGCUCUCCAACAACAACAACAACAAGCUUCAAAUAUUUCUUCUCUGGCCACACCAUCGUCGGCGGUGAAAACGUCUACAGCCGGGUCGGGGGCAUCUGUCGCAACCUGUCGGUCCACGCCAUUGCCCAGUUCUUUCUCCAACGGAUCCCAUUUAAGUGUGACAUCCACGUCGGAGACGUCAACCAAUCUGCAAUAUUCCCAGACAAUGAGCCAGUUGGUGCCCCCUCGUCUUCAAUCCACUCAGAUCUUAUCGGCUCUGCAGUCGCAACUGCUGCUGCAUCAGCAGCAGCAGCAACAAGAACAGCGCCAGGUGGUUGGGGUCUCUACUCACAACACAUCCCAUCCAUCUGAUCUGAUUGUCACGAUGAAUGCUGUCUCACUCCCACCAUCAUCAAACUUUGCGGUUGGAUCCGUCACAACUACAACCACCACCACCACAGCACAAUCAUCAACGAUGUCGUUGAACACCACCACUACCACCCCGCUUGACGUGACCUCUUCUUCACUUGCAAUCAGUGCGCCAGCUACUGUGUCUUCUGUUGUUCGUGUUGGCAUGAAGCGUGAAGCUAGCAGCCACAGCGCGUCUGGUGAUGGCGUAAAUGGUUUGGAUUUGCAUCGUGAAGCUAGCAGCCACAGCGCGUCUGGUGAUGGCGUAAAUGGUUUGGAUUUGCAUUCACGAUAUCCUGCCAAGCGCCCGAACCAAAACUCUAGUUACGCAGCUGGAUCAGUGCCGGAAUCGGAAUCAUCCGAUGGGGCAUCCAGUUUAUGUAAUGGCACCUGCCCGUCAACGGGUCCGGCUGAACAACAACGAACUGAUGUCGAGUUUUUCAAGUCUACAGCUGACAUCUCCAUCCCUUUCACACAUGGCCUCGCGUUGUCCUCGACCUACUGUGGCGCACUUCCUACUCCUCAGCUGACUACUUCUGGAGUUUCCGGUCUGUUAACCUCAUCGAAUCUAUACGGUCUUCCUUUCCCCACCGCACAAGCGGUUGCCUCAUCCUACUUACCAGCACCACCGCUUGCCUAUUCACCCGUCUAUCCUACUCAGGGAACACCAGACAAUCCGAAUUCAGCAGCUGCUUUGGCCCUAAACAGCUGGCUGACACAACAACAGCAACAGCAGCACAACUCGGCACUUCACCAGCUCCAAACUCAGGUUCAUGUCACACAAACAAAUCCGGCUAAUCCUGCUCUAGCGGCUGCACUGGCCGCAAUCCAGCAGCAGCAACAACAGCAACGGCAAUCUCCUCACGAACUCUCAACCAGUAGUCCCUCACCCGUAACAUUUCAACAACAGCAAGCCCUUCUGUCCCUCUUCUUGAGGGCACAGCAAUCCCAGUUAGCCGCGGCACAGAUGGCUGCGGCACUGCAGGGAGGGUUCGUUCAUGCGAGCCCAGGUCCUCGACCACCGGCAUUUCCUGGAGCGUGCUUUUUUGAUUCGGCAUACUCCUUUCCGGGUUCGUUGACCGGGAUCCCUGGUAAUCCGUAUGCAUCGGCUGUUCCAUGCCUUCAAAACCCAAUAACAAAUGUUGCGUAUAUCAACGACAAAGGCCACCUUUUGGAAACGCUCCCCAUUUGCCGAGAUUUCAAAGCAGGAAAAUGCCAUCGGAAUUCCGACUGCCGAUAUGUUCAUCUGGUCGACGAGAAUGUCGAAGUCAAUCAAGGGCGUGUUGUCGUCUGUCGUGAUGCUGCCAAGGGUCGUUGUACACGAGUUCCUUGCAAGUACUAUCACGUUCCCCUUUUGGCCAUCUCGGCCAAUCGAAGCUUGGCGCUCAAUUCAGCCCUGGCAACCGCAGGUUUUCCAACUGCGUAGAAGACCAGAUAAGAACAACUGAGAGCUUAUACAACACCUAUUUGCUCAACAGUGAUAAUCUCGCUCUUUUCCUUUUGCCUUCUUGUUCUAGACAUGGCUACUGUGUUUGUUCAGUCUUCACAUGAAACAAAGAUGCUCCUUUUUUGUAGAGAAUUUUUCAUUCAUGUUCUCGUUAGAUGGUGGUUCAUGCAACUGUCAGCACACUACCAACAGUACCAAUAACAACUACUUUCAGUACUUUUUGUUUAUCCGUUUUGGGUCAUUUUUACUCAACUUUACCGUAUUUUUGUAUCGGAGCCGUACACGGGAAUGGGCCAUGAGGUGCGCCCGUUUUCGGGAAACCACAUCGUGAUGUCCCCACCUACUACCCAUCCUCAUUUCCUUUCUCUCUGUCAAUGUUUUGGUUAUUACCUUUUGACGGGGGAUUAUCUAAUUCGUUCGCUCUUUGUUUCUUCCGGUUGGACAGUUUGAGUCUUUUUUACCUGGAAUACUCGAGAUUUUCACUCACACGUCUCCAGGGUUCCCCAUUCUCAAUAUACAAUCAAUCAAUAAACCUAUCAAUCAACUCUGGUUGGGAUGUGGAGCUUGUUGUGCGUCCAACCUCCAAUUACUCACCGUUGUCCCUCCGACCUCACAUCCCUUCCGUUUUGUACCUGUUUCUAUUGUGACUUUAGAAGAUAAGUACCUACAACGACUACCACAGUCCGUUUUUUCAACUUCUGGAUGCCUUAUUGUUACUUUACUACACAACUGACUCUACCACUACAAUACCGGAAACAAAACUUCCACAACUACUGUUUUUCUUACGUCAUACCAAC